GAGAGAUCAUUGGAACUCUUGCAGAGAAGGAUCGAAAUCGACCACCUUCCACCUAGCGCCUUUUCCCUUUCCCUUCGAAGAUCAAACCUUUCCCGUCGAUGGCCUCCGACGAAGCCCCCAGCCGCACCCUCGGCGGCACCGAGAACGGGUGGUGGCGCGCGUUGCCGGGCGGCACUGGCGUCAGCGUCCUCAUCUUCCUCCCCACCCGCCCCAUCUCCCGCCCCCUCCUCGAGUCCGCCGUCCGCAGCCUCCAGUCCACCCACCCCAUCCUCCGCGCCUUUCUCUCCGCCCCGACCCCCGGCCAACCCACCUUAACCGUGGCCUCCGCCCCCUCCGCCACCGUCCGCGUCCUCGCCGCCUCUGACGUCCUCCCCGCGGAGCCGGGGCCGGUAUCCUCCUUCCACGCCCUCCUGGAGCGCGAGCUCAACCAGAACGCCUGGGCCGAGCAGGGCCCGGCCGACCCCAUCCUGUACGCGACCAUCUACGAGGGCGUGCCGGAGGAGGGGCGUACCGCGGUGGCGCUGAGGAUGCACUCUUCGGCCUGCGAUCGGGCAUCGGUGGGAGCCGUGCUGAAGGAGCUGGUCCAGCUCCUGGCCGGCGGCGAGAAGGGAAAGAAGGAGGAGCCGUUUCACGCGGCGUUGGAGGACUUGAUCCCGAAGGCGGACACAUACAAGCCGUUCUGGGCGCGGGGGAAGGACAUGAUCGGCUACGGCAUCAACGGCCUUAGGACGUCGACCCUACCGUUCGAGGACACGGUGACGAGACGCCAGUCGGAGGUGGCGAGGUUGGUACUGAGCCGCGACGAAACUCAGCAGCUUCUCUCGGAAUGCGAAGAAAGAGGUGUGAAACUCUGCGGAGCAAUUGGAGCUGCGGCAAUGAUCGCUGCGCGUUCAUUAAAGCAACUCGAGAACCAGCAGUACGAGACUUACUCGCUCGUCACUCUCAUUGAUUGCCGCAAGAAUCUCGAUCCUCCUCUAAACGGACAGAACCUGGGCAACUUCCAGUCCGCGGUCAUUAACACGCACAACAUUCAGGGGGCAGAGAACUUCUGGGAGCUCGUCAAGAGGUGCCAUGAGGCCUACCACACGGCGGUGACCAACAAGAAGCAGCUGAAGGACAUCAACGAUCUCAACUUCCUGUUCUUGAGAGCCAUCGACAACCCCCAACUGACACCUUCGGCGUCCCAGAGGACUGCCCUCGUCACCGUGUUCGAGGAGUCGGCAAUACACGAGUCGUCGGAGCUGCCGCAGGAGCUCGGUGUGGAAGACUACAUUAGCUGUUCUUCGGUCCACGGGAUAGGGCCUUCACUCGCCGUUUUUGAUACUAUUAGAGAUGGCAAGCUGGACUGUGCCAUCGUGUACCCUGCUCCUCUGCACUCGAGGAAGCAGAUGGGAGAACUCAUCGAUCACAUAAAGGGGAUUCUUUUAGGAACCGAUGAAGAGUAGGAGAAAACUUGUGUUGUUUUCUAUUUUAUUUGUUGUAAUGAGAUCCUAAAAUUUCUCUACUGCAGUAUUACCUCUGGCAAUAAGGAGAAUGUAAACCCAUUUAUUGUGAUUUCGUAUCAGAUUGGAGAUCAAGAAAGUUUCGAAGAAAGUGUAGCUAAUUGCUUA